UUUCUAACAGACACGCCCACAGCUCUGUCCGAGCGUUAGGUUAGAUUAGUUACCUAAGUAAAGUUAACCUGGGUAUGAAUCUCUCUCUGCACGCGGACAGUGAUGAUUCUGAGAGCUGGGUUAAGUCUCUGACAGGAGCACGGGGGUCUCGAGCUCUGUGAUACAGGAUACAGAGAGGAAGCCUCUCCUCAGUGGCUGCGCUGCUGCUCCUCUUUAGUUCUGAACCCAGUCAAGCUCACCUCUCAACACUGGAUCUAUACAGCGAGUGAACCGGGCUAUCACUGCGUUUACAGAGCGGGGAUUUGAGAGACACGUUUAUAAUCCAGUUAAAUUGUCUAAAUCCUGAAGGAAGGAGGGGUAAACCUGCUGCUAGUUGAACAGUGUGGAACACUAACGUUAAAUGAUUUAAAGCAAUGAACAUGGAUUUACUCCACAGCCAAUGUAGAUUCCAGUGAUCUCAGUCGGUAGGCUGGUAAAUAACUUUGUUCUAGCUACAGUCAAACCUCCUCAAGAUCUCCAGAAACAGUUUUCCUGUUGCUUUGUGUCCUCUGACUCCUCCCCGCUGACUUCUGAAGAGCUGAAAGUCUGUGGAGAGCAGGGGCUGUAGGCAGAAGCCUAUCAGUUCAUAUCAGCUGCACUUCCACCGAGAGCAGGAGGAACACGUUUCAGUGACCUUUGUUCAAGUCGGCACUUCAAAACAGGAACAACCAUGGUUAAGAAACUGCUUGUUGAUGUGGACUGUGGCGUAGACGAUGCCCAGGCCAUCAUGAUGGCUUUGGCGGUGCCAGAUGUGGAAAUCCUGGGUGUCACGUGUGUUCACGGCAACACCUGUGUGGAAAACGUGUGCAAAAACGUCCUGCGUGUCCUGAAAGUCUGUGGCCGGCUGGAGAUUCCUGUGUACAAAGGGGUUUCAAAACCACUUCUGGGGUUCGUACUGGAUGCUGGACAUUUUCAUGGAGAGGAUGGGCUUGGUAAUGCUCCAGACCCUGAUGCUCCUGGUUUGGAUUUAGUGCAGAAGGAGGGAGCGGUGUCUGCCAUUAUCCGCAUAAUCAACGAGAAUCCUGGAGAGGUAUCUUUAGUGGCUACAGCUCCACUGACAAACUUGGCAAUGGCUGUAAAACUGGAUCCUACCAUACCACAGAAGUUAAAGGGUCUGUACAUCAUGGGAGGAAACGUAGACUCUCGAGGGAACACUACUAUAUGUGGAGAAUUCAACUUUGCAGCAGAUCCUGAAGCAGCAUAUAUUGUACUGAACGAAUACCUGUGCCCUACUUACAUUGCUUCUUGGGAGUUCACAUGUCACAGUAAAUUACCCUGGGAGUUUUGUGAUGACUGGCUGGCUCAGGACACAGAUAAAGCUCGGUUUAUGAAGAAGAUCUUCAAACACAGCAUGGACUCGUGCUAUAGCGAGAGAAUUGAAAAGGAACUGGUGGCAGGACAGGGAUUCAUUUCCUGUGAUUCUUAUGCUAUGGCAGCUGCCAUUGACGACGCGUUUAUCCUUGAGAGUGACUAUAAGGCUGUCACUGUGGAGCUCACAGGUACAUAUUCUCGAGGUAUGAUGAUUGUAGAUCACCUUGAGAUUCUAAACAAGACUCAUAAGGCUUGUAUCAUGAGGAAGGUGGACCUGGAGAAGUUUAAGAAGCUACUUACAAAUUCUUUAAAGUAAAUGUUUUUUUUUUAGUUCAGGAUACCAGUGUGGCCAAGUAAGUAAACCCCUGCAAGAUAUGUGUAUUUUUAUACAGGGGCUGUCUGAGGUUUUUUAUGACUAGCUUAAAUUCUUUUAAAGUCCUUUAAUAAAGUCAUACUGAAAGGUCA